ACGAAGCUAAGUGACCAACUGACAACAGACUUUCCUCUGGCCGGUUCCGGUGAACUCCGGUCCGCAGAGAGCAGCUCGUUGAGAGAGGAGAAGGCGAGGAAGAGGAGGGGCGAGGAGAAGGAGGAGGAGGAAGUGGGGGCGUCGCAGCAGCAGCCUAAGCUAGCUGUUAGCAUGCUAGGCUAGCGGCUCCAUAUCGUUAGGUUAGCUGAUUAUCUCCGUCUGUUCACGGGAAGAGACACCCGGAAGUAACGAGAGGAUCGCCCGGUAACGGGGGGAAUGUAACGGAGCACUUUACCAGCUCGUCAACUCAAAGUUAACAGAGUUUUAUUAUAAGUAGCCUCUUAAUUAGCUGCCGAAGGUUGUGGACGCGGCUGAAACAGAAAUCUUCCUCCCGGCGGUCGUUUUUUGGUAAGAGCGGAACUUUUGAUCUGUCGGUGAUCCGCAGCAGCGGGUCGGUGAAGGUGUCGGUGAUCCGCAGCAGCAGCAGCGGGUCGGUGAACGCGUCGGUGAGCCGCAGGUUGUCGGUAACAUGGAGGCUCGGCAGCCUGGCAACGGCAGCAGCAGCAGCAGCAGCAGCUCGGAGCGGUUACAUAACGCCAGCAGGUCGCGGGAGAAGCUGCUGAACGUCGCCUCCUCAGCCUCCUCAUAACCCCCCAGCAGACAGACAGGUAGCCAGAAGACAGACAGGCUGGAGGAUGUCUGAGCUGCACGAACACAACAUGGAUUCAAACCCGCUGAUAAACGCCAUGGACCCGUCCAUCACGCUGUGGCAGUUCCUGCUCCACCUGCUGGAGGACCAGCACCAGCGUCACCUGAUCUCCUGGACCGGCGAGGACGGCGAGUUCAAGCUGCUGGACGCCGAGGAGGUGGCUCGGCUGUGGGGGCUCCGCAAGAACAAGAACAACAUGAACUACGACAAGCUGAGCCGCGCGCUGAGAUACUACUACGACAAGAACAUCAUAAAGAAGGUGAGCGGUCAGAAGUUCGUGUACAGGUUUGUGAGUCAGCCCGACGCCUCGCUGCCCGACGGCGUCCGCAACGGAGACGAGGCUCAGAGGGCCGCCGACCCCGACGGCCAAUCGAAGGGCCUGGGGGGCGUGGCCUCGACCUGUCCGCCAAAGGGCUUCCCUCAGCAGCACUCGUCGCCCGGCGGCUCCCAAAAGAGCUCCAGAAACGACUACAUGAAGUCCGGCCUCUACUCCACCUUCACCAUCCAAUCACUGCAGGCCUCGCCUGGCCCGCGGCCAAUCAAAACAGAGCUGCUUCUGCAGCAGGACGCCGCCGCCUUCAAGGCCGAUCGCACGGCGAGAGAGGUGUGUGUUCUAGCAGAGUCCUCCCUUCAGGUGAUCGUGACUCACUCGUCUCCUUGUGGGACUCCCAGCCCCCAGAUUGCAUCCAGCACCACCAGCAGCCAAUCACAGAAUCCUCCUCUGAACGAGCCUUCUCAGAUUUACCUCUCCGGCAUGGGAGACCCCUCCUCCCUCCCCCCCUCCCUCGGUCCUGUGGGCGGGUUGGUGAGCCCCCCCCCCCUCCACAUGUUGCUGGGCGCACAGGCGCCGCAGCAAGACGACCACCCGGCCGGCUGCCCCCCUCCUCACCCCCACAAUGCACCUCAUCCGCCCGUCUUCGUCAUCAUCAACCCUCCUCCCGACCAGCAGCAGGCUCCUCCCUCCGCCCCUCCCCCCCUCGCCCGGCCUCCUCCCCCCCCCAUCAUCAUCAAGGAGGAGCUGCUGGAGAUGGCGUCUCUGGAGGAGGUCCCUCAGCUGAUCAACGGCUCCGGAGAACUGGAGCUCCCCCUCACCAUCGUGGAGAGCCCGCCCCCUCCCUUCAUGGAGGACACGCCCACAGGCCCCGCCCCCCCGGUGACCCCGGUGACCCCUGUGGACGCCGUUCCUCCCAAACCGAAGAAGCCUCGGGGCCUGGAGCUGCCCUCCUACCCCUCCCUCCCCCCCGGCCUCUCCCUGGAUAAGGUGAAUGCAGCCGUUAACAGUCUGCUGGCCCCGGGAUCCGCCGCCAACAGCCUGACCCCGACCGUCAUCACCGCCCACUCGCUGACUCCGGUCCUGCUGACUCCCAGUCCUCUUCCCUCCACCAUCCACUUCUGGAGCACCCUGAGCCCCAUCGCUCCUCGCUCACCGGCCAAACUCUCCUUCCAGUUUCCCACCAACGGCAGUAAUCAGAUCCACAUCCCGGCUCUGAGUGUCGACGGUCUCUCCACCCCUGUGGUCCUCUCCCCCGGCCCCCAGAAACCCUGAGCCCCGCCCCCCCAUUCCUCCCCCCUGGGGGGUCAGAGGUCAACUGGAUCUGGACCGACUCUGAAGUCUCCACUCAAAGCAGGAAGCGCGUUUUCCUGCUGGAGGAUCAUCAUGCCGAGAAGUCGCGGGAAACGGGACGCUUUUCCUUGAGCCUGAACGCAUCGUGAGGCGGACGGAUGUUUCUUAAAGGAUAACUGGAUUAUUGAUCGCGAUCACGAUUAUGGACCUUUGACCUGAUCCUCGUUAAUAUUCACGAGGGAACCUUUUUUGGGUGCUUUUUGCUCGUUAUCUGAUUUUAUAAAGAAGCGGUUAUUUAUUUCCGUUUCCUGUUUCCGGCUGCAUGUGUUUGAACGCGACUCGACAUCGUGGCUCCUUAUUGGUCGAGACCCGAUGACUUUUAAUCAUGUCGGAACGCUCCGGAUCUUUUUAGAGCGGCUUAAAGUGUUUUGCUUUGUUUUCAUUGGCCGCUUUUUUAAAGACCCCGCCUUUCUCCGUUAUGCAUGGCCUGCUACUGGACAGAAGUCCUCAGCAUCGUUUUUGAACCGACCAAUCACAGAGGAUGAUGAUGAUGAGUCUGUGUGACAGAUUGUAUAUUCUCUAAAAGAGGUUUCAUCACGUUACUGGAUCGUUAGAGAUGUAGUUUUAUUGAUUAUUGAUUCAUUACUUCUACUCAUUUCCUUCUUUCCGCGUCGCACCUGAACGCCUCAGACUCCGUUGAUGCUCUGCAGGAUGUUGCCACAAGUUUAAUGAGAGCCGUGAUCCAUCUGGGACUCAGACGGAGCCCAAAGACCUGGAGACCUGGAGGUGUGUAGACCUAAAGACCUGGAGGCCCGUAGACCUGGAGGCCCAAAGACCUGGAGGUCUGUAGACCUAAAGACCUGGAGACCUGGAGGUCUGUAGACCUAAAGACCUGGAGGCCCAGAGGCCUGGAAGUCCGUAGACCUGGAGACCUUGAGGCCCAAAGACCUGGAGACCUGGAGGUCUGUAGACCUAAAGACCUGGAGGCCCGUAGACCUGGAGGCCCGUAGACCUGGAGGCCCAAAGACCUGGAGGUCUGUAGACCUGGAGACCUUGAGGCCCAAAGACCUGGAGGCCCGGAGGCCUGGAAGUCCGUAGACCUAAAGACCUGGAGGCCUGGAGGUCCGUAGACCUGGAGGCCUCUUCAGUCGGUUGACCACUAGAUGGCAGUAAAUGGAGGCCGCUGCUCCAUUAAGUGUCUUCAGUCUCUUGAAGCUCCUCACAGCUGGACCACCAGAAGUGAAGGUUGAGGAGCAACAAGUGGGAGGAGUUUAACUUCAUUGUGCCGACAGCGGAUUGGUGCGUCUCCGCCCGUCCUCUUUUUUUUUUAUUUCAUAAACUUGUGAACGAACUAAAUGUCGGCUGCACUACGUUUAUGGGAGGCGGAGCCUUCCACAGACUGUUGUUGUUUCUGAUGCUGGCUGUGGUUGCCACGGUAACCUGACCCGACUGUUUUUGCUGACCUGCAGGUUGUUGUUAUUGUUGUUGUUGUUGCUACGGAGCAUCUGAAGCUCCUCCCUGUGAUGACGCUGUUAUGCUGUUGCUGCGCUUCUGUGUGUGACCACGAGGCUGCACACACAUAUACACACACAUACACACACACACAUACAUAAACACACACACACCAUCAGGAACUGAGUGGCGCUGAGUAUCUAGUUCUGUUCAAAGAGAAGAAAUCAUUUCAUUGGUCAAAGAAAAAAGAAGCUGAGAUUUAAACAAGAACAACUUCCUGUUUCACAAUAAGAGCAUCCUAGAACGAUGUGAAGUUGAACUUGGUUAGACUUCACAGUAGAAACAAGCUGAUCAGCUGAUGUAAUCACAACCUGUUCAAUCAAUAUUUACUGAUCACUUCUUAAAGGCACAGCAUCUUCUCCAGGACGUAGUUUUAUUCUACGAAUUCCUCGACAGAUGAAAGCUUCUUUAUUAAAGUAAAAAUAUAAAUGUUCACGUUUCAUAUUAAAGUGUUUGAUGACGUUCAGCCUCAGAUCAGUUCCUGGCGGUGAGAUUUCCCAACGCAGCGCCUUCGUGUUCGACUGUUCUCUCUUUUUACAGCAUGACUCUAUUUUUAUACAGACACGUGUUUCUAUUGAGACGAGACCUGGAACCUUAAACCCUUCGUCCUGUUUGAAGAUGAAGAAGAAGAAAAAAAUAAGCCAUUUAUUGAACUUUGGAACGAGGUCUUAAAUCCGAUGUUCCUCUACGACGGCGUGUGGCUUUAAGGGUUUCAUCAUUUCCUGUUUGAGCAACAGCCUCCGUUAUGAAUGACCAAAGUCUUCUGUCAUGUGACCAGGUCAUCUGUCAUGUGACCAGGUCAUGUGUCAUGUGACCAAGUCAUGUGACCAGGUCAUCUGUCAUGUGACCAGGUCAUGUGACCAGGUCAUCUGUCAUGUGACCAAAUCAUGUGACCAGGUCAUCUGUCAUGUGACCAAGUCAUCUGUCAUUCAAUUCAGUUUAUUUGUAUAGCCCAAUUUCACAAAUGACAAAUUUGUCUCGGAGUGCUUUACAAUCUGUACACAUAGACAUCCCUGCCCCAAAACCUCACAUCGGACCAGGAAAAACUCCCAAAUAACCCUUCAGGGGGGAAAAAAGG